GGGCAGAGUCCAGACUAGAUUGGACGAAUGGAACGUGGAAUGGACAACACCGGACAACAACGACACUAUAUUAUCGUUGCCCUCGACAAACAAUGGUCCAAUAACGGUUCCCUUACCGUAUGCUGGGACUCUGACCUAUUAUGCUUACAUCCAGUUGCGUUCAUUUGACAGGAUUUUGGAUUCGUGGAUUGCGCAAGCUUCACAACUACAAUAUUGUGUCCACUCCAGGUGUCGUGGUCAUGAUGACGAGCUAUUUCUAAUAGACACACGGUUUACCCUUUGUGUUGGCCUGGAAGAGAGGUAUGACCCUUUUCGUCUCUGCAAUACGUUCAUGGCCGAAGACCAUCAUACGCUCUCAUUGUCAAUAAGCGCUCCUUCCAUUGAUUAUCAGACGAACAAGGUGUCUUUGCCUGUCUUGACAUGGCUCUAUGAUGCAGACUCAGAGAUGUCUUCAGUUGAAGCGGAGGAAGUUUUUGGUGUGAAGCUUUCUAAAGAUGAGAUAUUGUUCGGACUGGAUGUGUCUAAAACAUUGCUUACAACCGUACCCGAGUUGAACGCCGACUAUGGAUUCGACCCAGCCCGUGGUGGCGCAGACGUCUGCGAGUAUUUUGGGUGGCCAUUCGUGGAGAUCCUCGACGUUUCCACGGGAGAUUGGAUGCCUUUGAAUGAUACCGUAUCUGAGUUGGCAUCAGUCAUAUCAGAUGAUGGGUAUUGUACAUUGAACGACAAGACCGCCUCUUCACUGGGUAAUGCACUAGAGGGAGCACAUGUUGGCGAAGCAUCGACCGAGACAGAGAUCGCUACUGCUGUGCAAACCAGAGACUUGAAGUCGAGGCUUGGCUCAUGGGUGCUCAUUGCAAUGUUCAUUGUUAUCUGUGCUAUUCUGCUGUCCUUCAGCGUUCAUACCUACAUGUAGAUAUAGAUCCUGAUAAGUAUAUUUCAUUCAUAGUGUUACUUCACAGAACUGAGGUCAUACAACACUGGUACUACGUGCUGACUUGAUACACUCACUCUUUAAUACAGUUUUAUUAG